AUGUGUUUUAAUUUACAAUCUUCUAAUAAGCACCAUAUAAACAGAAUGAUGAAAAUUCAAAUUGCAUGUCGAAAUCCACAAGUCGAAACAAGGAAUGAGUUGAUUGAAGAUGAUUUUGCUGAAAAGACAUGUUUUGAUAUCACCAAAGAUAUAGUUGAUGAAACAAUCAGUGCUAUAUUCCAGAUAUAUUUAAAGGAUCAAUUAAUACCUUUUACAGUUCAUCAAGCAUCUCUGUGCCUCAUGCAAUACAUUGACUUGGAAUUCAUGUCCUGCGAUCAAGGAGAGCCUUAUAUUAAUCUUAAUCCAGAGUGGUUCGAAGAUGAACUUGCUGAAUCAAGUAGAAUAGAUUCAUGGGCUCAAGGAGCGAUUUCCAAGACUUCUUAUGCAAAGAUUUCAGACAAUCUACAACCCCAAAAUAAUCAUCAGGUUUUACAAAGGCUUCAAAAUAGUCUUAUCCACAGAAAUGAAGAUGUUGGUGAAAAUAAAGCUAUCCGUAAGGAACAUACUGUUGGCAUGUCCCAUAGUGAAAAUCUCCACCAAAUAUCUAUACGACAGAAGAAGCCUCAAAAACUGAAAAACGAUUUUAAAAAAGAUCACACCCGUAUGCCUACCGAUCAAGGAGAUUCCAUCCCUCAACUAACUAAACAGUUGAAAGAUUCUACAUUGAAAUCAUCUAUAGAAAAUGUAUCAAUGGAAAAUAUAUCAGUUAAAAACGACAAUACCAGUAAAGAAUAUAGUCUAACUACAAAGAAACCAAUGAAACCACUCAUGAAAGCACUGCCUGAAACUAUGCUACAAAACAAACGAAUGAAUGGAUCUGGAAAACUAGUUUUCGACGAUGAAGGAAAUCUACUCAGUGUACCUAAAUUAUAUCCAGCCAACAAGAGGCAAGAUGAAUCAUUCACGACUGAUUCACAUUCAAAUGAAAGUGAUAAUAAUAUUUUGGGAAAUAAAAUUCCAAUUCAAUGGCGUUUCGUAUCAGAGUCAUACUGUAACAGUACAACUAACAAUCAGUUUGGCAUAAAAAUGAAUAGUAAAUUAAGAACAGCCAGAUCGUCCAUAUCGAAUUUUUCAAAUAAAGUGAGAACAAGAAAUCGUAGUUUAGAUUUAACUGGUGCCACAGUUACACCUGAUGUAAUACGUCUACAAAAAAUUAAGAAUGCAUGUAUCAAUUUACCAAAUACCAUUGAUCUGGUUGAUUUAGUGGCUGGAGUGACAAUAUCUGAUGGGGAACAUUUAAAAAUUGGUCAGUUAACGAAUGAACAGUUCACGUCAAUAUUGAAUACAAACUGGAAUAAUCUCGACGAAAUUCCACCAGUUAAAGCGAAUUAA